AUGCAUUCCUUUGGAUUCAGAGCCAAUGCUGUUCUGACGUUUGGGAUCACCAUCCUCGCGCUCAUCUGCGCCAUGGCCUCCAUCUCUGAUAACUUCAAUUCUCCCCAUCCGUCUGCCGAAAUCCAGAUAUUGAACAUCAAUUGGUUUCAGAAACAGCCUCACGGGAAUGAUGAGGUCAGUCUUACAAUGAACAUAACAGCAGAUCUGCAGUCACUCUUUACAUGGAAUACAAAGCAGGUUUUCGUAUUUGUAGCUGCAGAAUAUGAAACCCCAAAGAACGCAUUGAACCAGGUUUCACUUUGGGACGCUAUAAUCCCAGCCAAAGAGCACGCGAAGUUCUGGGUUCAGACAGCUAACAAGUAUCGGUUUGUUGAUCAGGGAAGCAAUCUCCGGGGUAAGGAUUUCAACCUGACAUUGCAUUGGCAUGUCAUGCCCAAGACUGGCAAGAUGUUUGCCAACAAGCUAGUCAUUCCAGAGUACCGCCUCCCAAAAGAGUACAGAUAG